CCCAGCUGAUGCUCGCGCCCUGCUGUCAAUUUCUAUUCUGAGAAGAGUAGUUGAGGAAGGGGGGAAACAGAAAACAAGAGAGGGUCUGCGGGGUAGCGCAGCAAAAUAUCCAUGGGUGGUUGUGUGGGUAGUCAUCAUGAUUCUUCAGGCAGUUUAAACGAAAAUUCAGACGGAACUGGAGUGGCCCUGGGGCGUAACCAGCCCCUGAAGAGAGAGAAGCCCAAAUGGAAGAGUGACUAUCCGAUGACGGACGGGCAGUUGCGCAGCAAGCGUGAUGAGUUCUGGGACACGGCGCCGGCCUUCGAAGGCCGUAAGGAGAUCUGGGACGCGCUCAAGGCCGCUGCCCAGGCCUUCGAGAGCAACGACCAUGAGCUUGCGCAGGCCAUCAUCGACGGCGCCAGCAUCACUCUACCACAUGGUGCCCUGACCGAGUGCUACGAUGAGCUGGGCAACCGCUACCAGCUGCCCGUGUACUGCCUGUCACCGCCGGUCAACAUGAUUGAGGAGAAGAGUGAGCUGGAGCCUCUGGAGGCGGCCGAGCCGCCGCCGGCCAGCGAGGGCCAGGAGUGCCCGCUACGCCUGCGCCUGUCCACUGGCCGCGACCUGCGGCUGGCGGUGCGCACCACGGACACCGUGCAGCACAUGAAGCGGCGGCUGCAGGCGCAGGAGGGCGUGGCGGCGGGCGCCCAGCGCUGGUUCUUCUCGGGCCGGCCGCUGACCGACAAGAUGCGCCUGGAGGAGCUGAAGAUCUCGCGCGACUACGUGGUGCAGGUGAUCGUCAGCCAGCCGCCUGCGUCCGUCUCGCCACAGCUGCCGCCUCAGAAUCCCACGCCCGUGGAGAACUAGCGGCCAGAGAGGGGGGGUAGCUCUGGGUGGGGAGGGUAGGUGAUGUUGGAAGGAAAGGAGGGGGUAGUAGCGUCACGUCAGUGAAACAGGACCUGCCUUUGACUCAUCAAAGGGAGUCGCUGCCUAGGAUGUUCUUGCCAUUUGACUGAAUUCCAUUUCCAUCAGGGUUGGCUCUGUGAGGGCUAUAAGACUGUUGUUGGCACGUGAAGGAGUUGCAGGAGAAGAGAAAUGCAUAUGGCAUGACUAACUGGAAGGACUUGAGUCAGAGUUUGGGAGCUAAAGAUCGCCUCAGCCCCCCUUCUGAAUUAUUGGAGUUCUUCUGGAGGAAUGCUGGGCCGGGUGCCGUCCUCCGCUCUAUCUCUCUCUCUCUCUCCCCCCUCUCUGGUGAUGAGAUCAUGCAGAGUGUCUGCAAAGCAGACUGUGGACGGACCAGUGGACGCGCCUGCCUCUUGGUCCCUCCCAGGAAAACUUUAACGCACUGCACAUAACUAAGAGCAGGCACAUCAGACUUUAAUACAGGUCCUUUUGGGUUUGUAAAAAGG